AUGGUGCUACAAAGGCUGGUGAGGCCAACAGUCUCGUUGGGUCAGAAAUUCGCUCCGACGACCCUGCCCCGCUUCGUCCGAGCCCAGUCAACAAGCAGCUAUGAGAACAUCCUCGUUUCCUCGCCCCGGCCAGGUGUUGGUCUGAUCACACUGAAUCGGCCCAAGGCACUCAACGCCUUGUCCAGCUCAUUGUUCAAGGAAUUAAAUGCUGCGCUGAGAGAGUAUGAGGAGGACAAGGAUAUUGGUGCGAUCGUCCUCACCGGCAGUGACAAGGCAUUUGCGGCUGGCGCAGACAUCAAGGAGAUGGCUAGUCUCACCUUCGCCGAGGCUUAUGCCAACAACUUCAUUGCACCAUGGUCUUACCUCACAACCUUGCGAACACCCGUCAUCGCUGCUGUGUCAGGACACGCAUUGGGCGGUGGCUGCGAGCUCGCAAUGAUGUGCGAUAUUGUCUACAGCACCAAGACUGCCAACUUUGGCCAACCAGAGAUCAAACUUGGAACAAUUCCUGGCGCCGGUGGCUCGCAGCGGUUGACAGCCGCCAUUGGAAAGAGCAAGGCCAUGGAGCUGAUCUUGACCGGUAGCAACUUCAGCGGCGAGGAGGCUGAGAAGCACGGCUUAGUCGCAAGAGCCUUCGAGGGCGGCAACAAGGAGGUACUGGAUGGCGCCCUAGACACCGCUGCCAAGAUCGCCAGCUAUUCUCGCGUCGCUGUCAUUGCGGCUAAGGAGGUGGUCAACAAGAGCCAAGAUCUAGGCGUAAGAGAGGGCGUUGAGUACGAGCGGAGAAUUUUCCAUGCUCUCUUCGGCAGCAAUGACCAGACCAUUGGCAUGAAGGCCUUUGCAGAGAAAAAGAAGCCGGAGUGGACUCACUCGUAG